AUAAAAAAAGGGAAAAAAAAAGACCAGAGGGAGAGAGAGAGAGAGAGAGGAGAGUGUAUGUAAGAGAGGAACAGAAAGCAGAGCCAAAGCCAAGUCGUGUCGGCUUCGACCGAACAUUGACGAUAUAUACACUUUAUAUAUUCAGACAUAGAGAGAGAAGAAGGAGAAGAAGAAGGAGAAGAAGAAGAAGAGAGAGAGCGAGCGAGCGAGCGAGCGAGAGGUCACUGCGUGUGUAUGUGAUUUUCGAUCCAGUCGUUAUCUGUUUAUUGAAGCCCUAACUUGCUGUUGCUGUUGCUGUUUUUGGAUCCUACGGAUUCAGAGAGUUCAAGAGGAGGUGUUUUCCACUUAUUCUUUUUCCAUAGAUUGAGUUGGCUGAUCACUGAGGACUUGGUGCGGUUUUGUUAUGGCAUUCACGAGCACCAAUCAUACACCUGUUGGACAUCCUCAUGCAGGAGGAUGCAAUGAUGCUCUUUACAAAGAACUAUGGCAUGCCUGUGCCGGACCUCUUGUCAACCUUCCUCGUGAUGGGGAGCGAGUUUAUUAUUUUCCACAAGGUCACAUGGAACAGCUUGAAGCUUCAAUGCAUCAAGGGUUGGAGCAACAUAUGCCAUCAUUCAAUCUUCCAUCAAAAAUUCUUUGUAAAGUGGUCAAUGUUCAGCGUAGGGCUGAACCUGAAACAGAUGAAGUUUAUGCACAGAUUACCCUGCUUCCAGAACCAGACCAAAGUGAGGUUACUAGCCCUGAUCCUCCACUACCAGAACCUGAAAGAUGCACAGUUCAUUCAUUUUGUAAGACACUUACUGCUUCUGACACAAGCACUCAUGGUGGUUUCUCUGUUCUUCGAAGGCAUGCAGAUGAUUGUCUGCCUCCCCUGGAUAUGUCCCAGCAGCCACCUUGGCAAGAGUUGGUUGCCAGUGACUUGCAUGGGAAUUCAUGGCAUUUCCGACACAUUUUUCGGGGUCAACCUAGACGCCAUCUACUUACAACCGGGUGGAGUGUCUUUGUUAGUUCAAAGAAGUUAGUGGCAGGAGAUGCAUUCAUCUUCUUGAGGGGAGAAAAUGGAGAACUUCGGGUUGGUGUAAGGAGGCUUAUGAGACAGCAGAUUAGUAUGCCAUCUUCUGUUAUAUCUUGCCAAAGCAUGCACCUUGGGGUUCUUGCCACUGCAUCUCAUGCAAUUAAUACAGGAACUCUUUUUUCUGUCUUCUACAAGCCAAGAACCAGUCGUUCUGAGUUCAUUGUAAGUGUCAACAAGUAUCUUGAAGCUCAGAGCCACAAGCUUUCUGUUGGGAUGAGGUUUAAGAUGAGAUUUGAGGGCGAAGAAGUACCUGAACGAAGGUUUAGCGGCACCAUUGUUGGUGUUGGAGAUAAUAUGUCGUCUGGUUGGGCUGAUUCUGAGUGGAGAUCCUUAAAGGUUCAAUGGGAUGAGCCUUCUUCAAUCUUGCGUCCAGAUAGAGUAUCACCAUGGGAAUUGGAGCCACUCGUUGCAUCUGCUCCUUCAAACUCCCAACCUGUGCAAAGGAACAAGCGCGCUCGGCCAUCUGUUUUACCUUCACCAACGCCAAAUCUGUCUGCACUUGGUAUGUUAUCUUUCCCUUUAGCGUUUCAUCUUUUCAUUUGUUUAUGUUGGUUUGUAACGAUAACCUUGUGGUGCCUGUGUGCAUUAGAUGUGUGGAAACCCCCAACUGAGUCUCCUGCUUUCUCAUAUGGGGACUCUCAACGUGGACGAGAUCUUUAUCCAUCUCACAAUUUCUCUACAACUGCAAAGGCCAACUCUCUUGGCUUUAGUGGCAAUAGUCUAUUGUCUAGUGUCUCCCCCAACUCAAUGUAUUGGCCUAACCGGGUGGAAAGUGUUACAGAUUCUUUUGUCCCAGUUAUUAACAAAGAUUCUGGAGAGAGAAAACAAAGCACUGGAAAUGGUUACAGGCUUUUUGGGAUUCAACUUGUUGACAACUCCAAUGUGGAAGAAACUUCACCUUUAGCUGUUGCUUCAGGAAUGGGGGAUGAUUGCCCUAUUGUGUCCUUGGAUGCUGAAUCUGAUCAAAAUUCUGAGCCAUCAAAUAUUAAUCGAUCUGAAAUCCCUUCAAUAAGUUGUGAGCCUGAGAAAUCAUGCCUCAGAUCUCCUCAAGAGUCACAAAGCCGUCAAAUCAGAAGCUGCACAAAGGUUCACAUGCAAGGGAUUGCUGUUGGUAGAGCUGUUGAUUUGACACGGUUUGAAUGUUAUGAGGACUUGCUGAUGAAGCUGGAGGAUAUGUUUGACAUUGAAGGUGAGCUCAGUGGAUCAACAAAGAAAUGGCAAGUUGUCUACACGGAUGAUGAAGAUGACAUGAUGAUGGUUGGGGAUGACCCAUGGCAUGAGUUCUGCAGCAUGGUGAGGAAGAUUUUCAUAUAUACAUCUGAGGAAGUGAAGAGGUUAUCACCCAAGAUUAAACUCCCAGUCAAUGAAGAGAUCAAAGCAACCAAAGCUGAUGGUGACCCUGAUGCUGCAGUUAACAUGGAGGACCAAUCAUCUGUUGUUGGGCCUGGGUGCUAAUAGGCCUGUGUCGUUUUACCAUGAAUGGCUAUCAAAGGGGUGGUGAAAAGGAGUGAUGAAGAGGGAGAAUUCGGUGAAGAUGAUGUUUAUAAUACAGUGGUGUACGUGGAAUGGCCAGUGACAUUUCCAGACAUGCAGCACUAAAUAACUGUUGAGAUGGAUGGUGGCUGUUUGCUGAACGUCAUUUGUGGAGAGUGAGACUGUUUAUCUUUAAAAAUAGGUUUUGGGAUUCAAGUUUGUAUUUUUGCAAGGGAAACUUAAUAGUGCUUGUUUGUUUGGAUUCAACAAGGCUGAAAAGUUGUCCAUUCCACCUCUUCUGCUCAGCAAAUGAAGAAUGGAGAAUAUUCAGUUUCUCUCAAUUUCGCCUUUCCUCUUUUUCUUUUGAGAAUUGACCACUGUUUACAUUAUGGCAUAGCCAGCCUUUUGUAUAUAAGCAUGCAGCCUUCUUAUCA